AUGGGCCGAAGAAAAAUUGAAAUCCGCCCGAUCAAAGACGACAGGAACCGCUCUGUCACCUUCUUGAAGCGAAAAGGCGGCUUGUUCAAGAAGGCUUACGAGUUGAGUGUACUCUGCUCCGUCGAUGUCGCCGUCAUUAUCUUUGGCAACAACAAGAAGCUUUACGAGUUCUCGUCCGGCGAUAUUCAUGAGACUGUCGCACGUUUCCAAUACUAUGGCGGCGCACACGAACACAAAGGCCCCGCUGAUUUCGCAGGCAAAGGGGGCGGUGAUGACGAUGAGGAGGGAGAUGAUGAGCCUGUCGAACAAAACGAAUCGCACUCGCCGCCAGAGCAAGCCUUGAUUCAACAUCCUCUCCAGCACCAACCCGGCCUCCAGCACAUGAGAAAUACGACGCCUUCUGCAUCACCGCCUAUACCAAAUGGCGCUUUCCCUCAGCGCAUGGCCACCCCUCAGCCCCCAACUGGCCAGGUUCAUCCAGGCGCCCAGCAACAUAUUCCUACACCACAGCAGCAUUAUCAACAGAAUCAGUCACACAGCGCACAACCUUCUCCACAACCCGACCAGAACGCUUUCCAGAGCCCCCCACUGCCCCAGCCAAGACCCUUGCCAGCUCACGCAAGAUCGCAUAGCAUAUUUACGCCAGUUGAUGAUAGCCGUUCACUUCUCGCUCAGCAUUGGGGUGGGAGCAGUUCCAACUACCGAGAACCAGUAAUCAAGACCGAGGCUCCCCGAUCGCAUUCGGUCGAUGUGUCUUCUGCACCCCGUCAGAAAACUGAUGAUGCAGCCCCGAAUACCAGCCAACCGACAGCAGGAGUUGCACCGCCGCCAGCAACGUCUAAUCCUACCAUGCAAGCGCCUCCUCCAGGACCUCCUCAACGUACGGGCUCUCUGUCUUCAAUACCUGGACCUAUACGUCCCGGAGGUGCGGCUGCGGAAGCAAAACGACCACGGUUAAAGGUACAGAUUCCUAGUGAGCAAUCAGAUGGAGGCAGCGCGACAGCAGAUUCAUCGCCCAAGGAUGGCAGCACGGCGACGGCCACCCCGAUUCGUGUUGGGCAAGGGGUAGUUCUUCCGCCUCCGUCACCGUCGACGAACACUGUCCUCUCUGCUGGUGCAUCUGGACCGCCUAAUCCGUUCGCACGACCAGCACCGCCCAUUAGUACAAACCCACAUGUAAAUCGCGAGCGAGAUCAUAUCGAAACACCGCUAUCUGCGUUACCUAGCCGGGUCAUGGACGGAAACCAUCUCUUGCCCAGUCCAUCAUCAUUCUGGCCUGACGCUUGGUUCGGGAGAGACAACAAUAUGAUGCCGAGUCCACUCAAUUUCCAGACACCAGUGGUGUUGAGCGGACCGGGAUUCAAGGAGGAGGACGAGAAGAAACGCAAGGCAGAGGAAGAAGCAGGAGGAGGUGGAAAGAGACCGAAAGAAUAA